AUGGAUGUCGAACUCCAACGAGAAGAAAAGAUUUGUUCCGAUAUUUCUAGAGUAAAAUUGUCUCCCUAUGUGAGAGAACUUAAAUCUAAUAGAAUAUUUUUAACUGAUGUAGUGCAUGCUGAUAAUGACCAAUUAUUGUCUCAGUCUUCUCCAUUAGAAAUUCAUUUGUUAAUUAGGGUUGAUGUCGCUGGUAAACUGCUCACAGGAGAGAAAUUAGGAAAAAUCGAAGAAUACGAAAACAUUUUUAAGGACUGGUUGGAUCAGGGUAUUAUUGAGGAGGUAUAUACUUCAGAACCUGAACACUACUUACCUCAUCGCCUUGUUUUCAAAGAAAAUUCCACGACGAAGAUCAGGCUCAUCUUUAAUGGAUUUGCUGGAGACAAAAACUCGCCAUCAAUAAAUGAUUGCUUAGAAAAGGGACCCAAUUUGGUUGAACUUAUUCCAUCUGUUUUAAACAGGUUUAGAAUAGGAAAAUAUGGAGUUACAGCCGAUAUUGAAAAGGCAUUUUUACAGAUAGAACUCCAGGGAGAUGAUAGGUCUUAUUUAAAGAUUUUGUGGUGGCAGGGUGGGCAGAAAGAAAACUUAAACAAUUUUCAGCACCGAAGAGUAGUUUUUGGAAUAACUUCCAGCCCUUUCUUACUUGGAGCAACUCUUGAUUAUCAUCUGAAUAAUACUCCCCCUGAUUACAACGAAAUGGCUCGAAAUCUUUUGAAGGAUUUUUAUGUGUAUAACUGUAUUAAUAGUGUUGAAAAUGAAGAGGAAUUAAUGAAAUUCAUUCAUGAAUCACAAGAGAUUCUUAAACCUGCAAAGUUCAACUUACGAGGGUGGGAGCAUACCCACUUUGAAGAAAAUGAAUCAGACCAAACAGAAACAAAAACCCUUCUUGUUUUAGGCUUAAAAUGGAAAAUUAAUACCGACUCUCUAUCUGUUGAUUUGAGAGAUUUAGAUCCCAAUACAUAA